CAAAAGAAGAAGAAGAAGGAGGAACUUGGCGACUCUGACGUCAUCACGCUGAACGUGUAGCACUGAAGCAACAUGGCUCUGAAUGGAGAUGACAAGGACUAUGAGUGGGAGCCUCCAACAGAGCCGGAGAUGAAGGUGAUCCAAGCUCGCAGGGACCGACAAGACAAAAUCAGCAAGCUGAUGGGAGACUACCUGCUCAAAGGAUACCGGAUGCUGGGAGAGUGCUGUGACGUGUGUGGGACAAUUCUUCUCCAGGACAAACAGCAGAAGUACUACUGUGUCUCGUGUCAGGAGCUGGACUCGGAUGUUGACAAGGACAAUCCUGCUCUGAAUGCACAGGCUGCGUUGUCCCAAGUGAGAGAGCAACAGCUUGCAGCUCAGUCCAAUGCACCCACCCAGGCACCCACCCAGGCACCCACCCAGGCACCCACCCAGGCACCCACCCAGGCACCGCCCGAGGCCCCCGAACUCAUCGGAGGCCCCAGCAGCAGCAGUCAGGCAAGUGUGUUGGUCCCUCUGCCCAGACCAGAGCACUGUGAGGGGGCUGCAGCAGGGGGGAGGGCUCUCUUGCCUCCGCCUGCUCUCCCUCCUCCUGCAGCUCCUGCCCCCACCCCAGUCCCGGCACCGACUCGCCCCCCAGUGAUUCCACAGAGCCCUGUCCUCCAACCGAUGUUGCAAGAAGCUGAGGAGGCUGUUCUAAUCAAACUUCGAUGGGCCACCAACCAGCUCCAGAGUUCGGCCUCCAUGGAAUCAAGUAUCCAGCUCUGCAGCCUCAUCACCAGCUGUGCCAACUCGCUGCGCAGCCUCAAGGAGCUCAGUCAGUAACCGUCGUGGGAAAGGUUGAAACCCUGGAGUGCUGUUUCUGCUCGCCUCUGUCCUGGAAUACUGACUCUGGUGAGCUGCUUUGCAGCAUUUCUCUUGGACUGACUCCUUGCAUAGAACUGAAUUUAAAAUUGGUCGGCAAAUGCACUAGAAAUAAGAUUAAAAAUGUCAUAAGUUCACAAGUUGCUCUCGAGUUAGCGUAUGGCUUGCAGAAAUAUAAUGUUACAUUGUUUCCUACAACAUUUAAGUACACACGUUUGAACAUUUUGACUUUUUUGUUGUCAAUUUGUAAGUUAUGACAGGAACAGAACAUGUCUAAAUGCACCUUCGUCAUUGGUGUGGAUUAAAAAACAUCUUGACGUUACAACGUUUUAAAGCGAGUAAUAAUCUAUGCUUAGGCUUUAAUUAAUCAAAAAAAGCCACCAAAUUGAAAUCUUGGUAAAUGUCAAUAUUGGUUUUCUCAUUGGUUGUUCAGUAUCCAAACCAAUGCUGUCCAAAUUCAAACAAAAGCUCAAGCUCUUUGCCCAAAUGUCUGUAUAAUUGUGUGUCUGCACAUGCAACAGUGUUGUUGCUGAUGUACGACAUACUAGACCGAAAGUCCCCAACUCUAAUGUAGAGACGACUGUUGGUUGUUGGAAGCGCCAGUCCUCUGACAAGAGAUGCAUUUUUAUAUUUGCUGUCCGGUCUGGGUUCACAUGGAUAUUGCUGUCUGAGUCUCUGGUGAUGCAAAGAUUGUCAAUGUGUGCUGGAAGGUCUGAGGUUUUUAUUGUAAAUAUAUUUGAUAGGUGAUGAUGGGGAUGUGGCGCUCAGACGAAAUGGGGCCGCAUUCGGGAGUCAGUCAUUAUUCUUCAUUCAUUAAAAGCAUCAAGAGCAAAUAAAAAUGUGCACUUCA